AUUUCUCAAAUUGAAAACCCAUUGAAAAGACUAGCUCAAUAGCAAGUAUACUAAAAAUAAUCUACAGGAAAAAAAAAAGAAGAAAAGCUACGCGAGCGGGCUGUUCCCAGCCCCGGCAGCUACGGUGCCAGGGAAGGGAGGGGGGGAUGUAAAAAGGUUCGUUUGUGAUGUUUUAGGUUCAAGCCAAAAAAAAAGAAGCACGCGAUCCAAGUUAUUCCGAUGCCGUCCACGGCGGCGUCUCUCGUCACCGUUGUGUUGGCUCGAGAGGUUAAACCCCAUCAAUCAAUCACAGCCAUCCGAAAACUCACAGCCGAGCAAGUGUGUAUUUGAUUCCCGGCCAGAGCGAUUUCACUACAAGCAGCACAGUUAACCGGUCAGUCAUUCACUUGGUCGGCAUCACUUGAGGUAUGCUUGACCGGAGGCCGCGGUCCAAUUCCAGGAAGCGGCGGUGCUCGCCCUUUGCCUUCCCCCACGCCGUGUUCCUUCCGGCGCACGCGGCAGAACAGGUGGUUCUGACACCUCCGGGCCCCUCCCCCGCCACGACCUCACGGCGGCGGAGUCGCGCCGCGAGCUAGCUCGGUAGCAAAAGAGCAGCUGAAGCGUUGUCGACGCACGCCAAUCACUCCAGGCACGUGUUCCCCCACGGCGGAGCCUCGGCGGCGACCACGCGCGCAUGCUGAGGCAAGCACGGUGCUUGAUCUGGGGACGGCCAGCCCGGGGUGGCUGUCUUCUCGCGCUCGCUCUCUCCGCUGCUUCUGCAGAAGUCUGCAGCGCUAGAUUUAUUGUACAGUCGCAAUUGGUCCCUCAUAGACCCGAAACCACUUUUCGGCCAACGGUGCCGGGACGCUAUUGAGCGGCUGACUCUCGCUCCUUUUGUGGAAUGGCCAAGUGACCGCAGCUACACGUGGGUAGUGGGUCAAGGCGGCACCUUAUUGCACGAGAGCGUCGAUGACAAGUCCUGUCGCAGCGUGGCUGUCUGAGCGUUCGUGCGCCUUUCUUGAAGCUCGUGACAGGAAGGUUUUGCCGCUCGGAAGGAAUAGUUUGGAGUUGGAAAUCGAGGGAUACGUGAGGUGGGAUGUCUUCUACAGCGCGGCGCAGUGUUAAUGCCGAGAUCCGCAAAGCUGUCCCUAUGGCGCCGCGGAUGAAAGGCGGUGGUUCCAGUAGGUCAUCGCUUGUUGCGUACUUCUGGUUACACUGUCUGCUGCUUUGGGGUCAAUGCUGGGCGUACCAUUGUAACGACAAGUACCGGAAGUUGUCGCCGCGGCACACGAUAUGCCUGCCGCACCGUCAAGAUUGCUCAAUAGCUUCGGCCGGUGUUUCAAGGAAGGAGAUCCAGGAAAUCAUGGCUGCCCACAAUAACUACCGACAAAUGGUGGCCAUGGGAAAAGUGCCCGGUUUUCCACCUGCUGCCAAUAUGAUGGAGCUGGUGUGGGACAAUGAGCUCGCUGCCGUGGCGCAGGCACACGCUAAGCAGUGCCGAUUCCACCACGACUGCUACUCUUGCCGAAGGGUCUCCAGGUUUACAGCGGGACAGAACAUGUUCCUCCAUUACUCUUCCUCGCUACGACUGAAGCCGACCAACUGGGCGAGCGUCGUCAGGAGCUGGUUUGAGGAAUACAAAUUGUUCAAUCCACACCAAAUUGACUCCUUCCGUACUGUACAGGACAGCGGCCAUUUUACUCAGCUGAUCUGGGCGAAAACCACUCAUGUUGGUUGCGGCAAAACCCGAUUCAAGAUUAAAGAGGAAGAUUGGUAUCGCACCCUGUAUACGUGCAACUACGGACCCAUGGGCAAUGUUAUUCAGUCUAGGGUCUACGAAAAAGGUCGACCGUGCAGUCUCUGUCCGAACAGAACAUCGUGCAGCGCGUCUGUACCCGGGCUGUGCCGCUUACGUGCAAUGCCUCUGGCCCGACUGUCACCUGCCGACGUCGUUAGAGUUUAUCACUUUCCACAGCAGCGAAUGACACUUGCCAAUCAUGUCCGUGUGUACCAUUUCCCGCAGCAGAUGCAAAAACGAAUAAUUCCUACGUUCCCUGUCGCCGCCGCUUCGAGCCCGCCACCAAUGCCGCUUCGAACAAUGCAGGUUGAACCGAUGCAAAGAAUUCAGCAACGGCCGUUCCCAUUGAAUACCGAGGGGUUAAGCUGGAGGCGUGCAAAUGAGCAACCAGAGCUGAUGUUUGAUCCAUUCGACACGUUCAGUGGCCCUUUGCAGAGGGUCUCAAGGAGAGAAGACCGGGAGCCUCAAGAGCCAUUAAGUGCUGCUAGUGCUGAAAACUCAUCCUGCAAAUGCGACGAGGCGGCCAUGGAACAAAUGAGAAAAAAACUUCUAAGCUUGAUACCCAGAACACAAGAAGUUAUGCCGGAAAUCCAGAUAAAGUGUCAGUGCCGGAAGCGAGUAUCUCCGUGAACAGCUUAUCAGGUUCUGCAUCGCCAAGAGUCCAGAAACUGAUACGUCGACAGCACAGCAUACGCAUCACACAAAAUCUGCAUCGGGCAUCAUUAACGCGGAUAAUUUUACCUUUCCAUAAACACACGGUCACGGAGUGCUUCGUUAAUAAACAGAUUAUGUACA